CAGACCUAAACAGACUCGGAGGCUCUGACGCGCUGCGGGAACUCAUUCAGUGCGUUUCUCUUAUAAUAACGUUUAAAAAACGUCCAGACAACAUGGGAAACCCGCGAGUUUUCUUUGACAUGACUGUGGAUGGAGCCAGCGCAGGCCGGAUUGUGAUGGAGCUCCGGGCUGACGUGGUCCCAAAGACCGCAGAGAAUUUCCGCGCUCUGUGCACCGGAGAGAAAGGUUUCGGGUACAAGGGCUCCACGUUUCACCGUCUCAUCCCUAAAUUCAUGUGCCAGGGUGGAGACUUCACCAACCACAAUGGAACUGGAGGUAAAUCCAUCUACGGGGAGAAGUUUGCUGACGAGAACUUCCAGCUGAAGCACACAGGGAUGGGCACACUGUCCAUGGCUAACGCUGGACCCAACACCAACGGAUCCCAGUUCUUCAUCUGCACAGCUUCAACUGACUGGCUUAACGGGAAGCACGUGGUGUUUGGCAACGUCGUGGAGGGCAUUGAAGUUGUCAAGGCGAUAGAGAAGCACGGCACAAAGAGCGGCACCCCCAAAGCCAAGGUCGUCAUCGCCGACUGUGGUGAACUAAAAUAGUCCAACAAACCUCCUUUUGGUUUCCUUCAUCGUCCACAUCCCAGUGAAUCUUUGAGACGGUGACGUCGGCAGCAUCAGUAGAAUAAAAAAAACACCCACUGAACCCAGUUACUCCUCUAAAAAAUGUUUGUCUCCUGUGUUGAUCUUCAUCGUGUCAUAUUUUGUACCUUCUGAUCUCCCACAUUUGUUAACAAAAUCUGAACAAAUCGAUGGUGAUCGUGUAAAUAAAACAACUUGAAAGCUGA